AUGCGAACAGGUGUGGGCCACACCCUGCACAGCCAAGGCAGUAUAAAUGGCCAGCUCUCCAGUGCAUUCAGACACCAGCAGGAGCUGAGAGCAGCCAACUCUGCUCCACAACCAGCACCUCUGGGCUCCCCUCUGGACGCCACUGUGGGAUCCUUGCCGACCUCGGACAAGGCUUCAGUCAAAGAAUCCAGGAGGAAGCUUCAGGAAAUCCAGUUCUUCUUGGAAGAAUGGGAGUUUCUGGAGUCCAACCUGGACCUCAAAGUGGACAAGAAGGACGAUGUCCUGGCCAGGAAAAUUGCUCUGCGUCUCAAGCAGAGAGGCAUCAAGAAGAGCUGGCGAAAAUGCCGGAUCAUGUUGCUAGGUCUGCAGGAUUUGUAUUGGACCAUUUUCGAGGCCAACCAGAAGCCGAGGAGUGAACCAUUACCCUGCCCUUUCGCACAGCCACUGCAGCGCAUUUUGGGUCCUCAAAACAACAAGGAACAAAGCUCAGGCUCUGCAUGUGAACACGCUGUUGGCUUCGCACCUUCUCAGGCGCAGCCUCAGCCCUGCGCGGCUCCACCUCUGCUCUCUGCCCAAGAGCCUCAGGCAGCGGCCUGGCAGCACUGCAGCGCGGGCCAGCCUUCCUUGGCGAUGCCACACAUGCCUGCCACCGUCCCUGGGGCCCCCUGGCACCAGCAGCAGGGGACCCCUCCCCCUUUCCCUGGGGCUCCCUACUACCCACAAAUGGGGACCCCUCCCCCUUUCCCUGGGGCUCCCUACUACCCACAAAUGGGGACCCCUCCCCCUUUCCCUGGGGUCCCCUGUUACCCGCAAAUGGGGACCCCUCCCCCUUUCCCUGGGGCCCCCUACUACCCGCAAAUGGGGACCACUCCCCCUUUCCCUGGGGCCCCCUACUACCCGCAAAUGGGGACCCCUCCCCCUUUCCCUGGGGUCCCCUACUACCCGCAACUGGCUAUUCCUUCCACUUUGCCUGGGGACCCCUACUACCCGCAACUGGCUAUUCCUUCCACUUUGCCUGGGGACCCCUACUUGCCCCAACUGGGGAACCCUCCCAAUUUUCCUGGAGUCCCCUACUACCCUCAGCUGGGAAAUCGGCCCCCUUUCCCUGGUGUCCCCUGCUACCCUGAGUUGGGGACCCCUCCUCCUUUCCCUGGGGUCCCCUACUACCCGCAACUGGGGACCCCUCCUGGCGUCCCCUACUCCCCUGAACUCCAAGGCAGUAUAAAUGGCCAGCUCUCCAGUGGAUUCAGACACCAGCAGGAGCUGAGAGCAGCCAACUCUGCUCCACAACCAGCACCUCUGGGCUCCCCUCUGGACGCCACUGUGGGAUCCUUGCCUACCUCAGACAAGGCUUCAGUCAAAGAAUCCAGGAGGAAGCUUCAGGGUGUGGGCCACACCCUGCACAGCCAAGGCAGUAUAAAUGGCCAGCUCUCCAGUGGGUUCAGACACCAGCAGGAGCUGAGAGCAGCCAACUCUGCUCCACAACCAGCACCUCUGGGCUCCCCUCUGGACGCCACUGUGGGAUCCUUGCUGACCUCAGACAAGGCUUCAGUCAAAGAAUCCAGGAGGAAGCUUCAGGAAAUCCAGUUCUUCUUGGAGGAAUGGGAGUUUCUGGAGUCCAACCUGGACCUCAAAGUGGACAAGAAGUAUGAUGUCCUGGCCAGGAAAAUUGCUCUGCGUCUCAAGCAGAGAGGCAUCAAGAAGAGCUGGCGAAAAUGCCGCAUCAUGCUGCAAGGUCUGCAGGAUUUAUAUUGGACCAUUUUCGAGGCCAACCAGAAGCCGAGGAGUGAACCAUUACCCUGCCCUUUCGCACAGCCACUGCAGCGCAUUUUGGGUCCUCAAAACAACAAGGAACAAAGCUCAGCGCAGCCUCAGCCCUGCGCGGCUCCACCUCUGCUCUCUGCCCAAGAGCCUCAGGCAGCGGCCUGGCAGCACUGCAGCGCGGGCCAGCCUUCCUUGGCGAUGCCACACAUGCCUGCCACCGUCCCUGGGGCCCCCUGGCACCAGCAGCAGGGGACCCCUCCCCCUUUCCCUAGCGCGGGCCAGCCUUCCUUGGCGAUGCCACACAUGCCUGCCACCGUCCCUGGGGCCCCCUGGCACCAGCAGCAGGGGACCCCUCCCCCUUUCCCUGGGGCCCCCUACUACCCACAAAUGGGGACCCCUCCCCCUUUCCCUGGGGCUCCCUACUACCCGCAAAUGGGGACCCCUCCCCCUUUCCCUGGGGCCCCCUACUACCCACAAAUGGGGACCCCUCCCCCUUUCCCUGGGGCUCCCUACUACCCACAAAUGGGGACCCCUCCCCCUUUCCCUGGGGCUCCCUACUACCCACAAAUGGGGACCCCUCCCCCUUUCUCUGGGGUCCCCUGUUACCCGAAGCAGGGGCCCCCUCCCCCUUUCCCUGGGGUCCCCUACUACCCGCAACUGGCUAUUCCUUCCACUUUGCCUGGGGACCCCUACUACCCGCAACUGGCUAUUCCUUCCACUUUGCCUGGGGACCCCUACUUGCCCCAACUGGGGAACCCUCCCAAUUUUCCUGGAGUCCCCUACUACCCUCAGCUGGGAAAUCGGCCCCCUUUCCCUGGUGUCCCCUGCUACCCUGAGUUGGGGACCCCUCCUCCUUUCCCUGGGGUCCCCUACUACCCGCAACUGGGGACCCCUCCUGGCGUCCCCUACUCCCCUGAACUGUGGAUUCCUCCCCCUUUCCCGGGGCUACCCACAUCUGGGGACUUCUCCCCCAUUCCCUAG